GUCAAUUAUCCCCAUAUCCAACAAAGACAGUGAAAUGGGUUAACAAGCGAAGACCACUUGCUUAGAGAUUUGUGAAAAGGAGUAGCAAUUGACGAUCCGCGUUUCGUCGCAGGAGUGCAGAGUCCACACUGUCACCAGCAAAGACCAGUAGGAUUGUGGGAUUUAGAAGCUGCAUCUCUCAAUGUCUUUAGAACCAACACAGCUUCCUCGUGAGAAUUCGUCAAAAAGAAUAACACCACUUCCUGAUUCACUUUCAUAAUCUCCCCAAGCCCCCCCGGAGCAACCUGAACAAAGACAUCAUGCCACCCCUCAGUCUCAAAUUCCUCACCCUCUUGGCUCAACCCUCCGCAGGAAUCGCCUACCAAUACUCACUCACCCUCCGCCAGCUGCAGGCCAUCCACACCACCCAAACCCCCGACAACCAUGACCCCAGGCCGCUCGCGAGGCAAUGGCUGGCCCUCUACCAGCAAGGACCCGUGUUCGUCCGCCCACUAGUCCUCUCCGGCACCCUCGCCAACAUCUACCUCUCCCUCUUCAACUCCACAAGCCAGCGGUUAUUGUACCUGCUAGCAGCAACCCUAACCUUCUCCAUCGUCCCCAUUACACUCCUGCUCUUCGAGCCGGGGAUCAACGGCGCGUGCAAGUGGAAGGUGCAGCGGCUGCUGCAGGACGAGGGGUUCCGCAUCCCCAUCCGCACCGUGACGCCGGGACGGAGGACGGGGUGGAUCACGAUCACGAUUCCCAGUCCGGACCGGCACUCGGCCACCGACGCCAGCAAGCGCUGGGCGGAAGAGACUGGGAUGGGGGAGCUGGUCAUGCAGUGGGUGGCGUGGAACCAUGCGCGGUGGGUUGUGGGACUGCUAGCUGGAGGGGUACCUUAG